AGUUUAUUCGAAUGAGUUCGAAUGUCUAUUUUUUAUUGAGGUGCAGAUUAAUACUUCCAUUAAGCAAAGAACUGAUUAAUACUUUAGACAAUGGAAAUUCGAUGAAUAUACUUAAAGAACUGCCUUAAUUUGACAUAAAACCUCAUCUUACAAGUUAUUGGAUGUUGUUUAUAGCUAUUUAUUAAGUUUGUGGCUUUAUGAUAAAAAAAAAAAAUUUCACUAAUAACUUAAGAAACGAAUUUAUUGAAAUCCUAUUUGGUGGAUGCUUUCUUAGUUUAAUUUAAUAUUAUUGUUAUCGCAAAUUUAUUUUAACUAAAAAUGUCUACAAAACAGAAAAAUAUAUUUACUCGAAGUAAACCGUUAUUGAACAUUUAUAGUGGCUUAGAUCAAGAAGGCAAAGAGGUAGAAGUACGUGAAGAUGCUGAGCAACUUGUGAAAUGGCACGAAAUAUCAGAUGCUCUCGUUGCUGCGGGAUAUUACAGAGCACAACUCCAAGGAUUAUCAGCAUUUGAUAAAAUUGUGGGAGGAUUAACUUGGUGCAUUGAACUGUGUGACAUUGAUAUGGAUAUCAGUUUGUUAUUUGAAGAGAAUCUCACUAUAGGCAAGAAAAUAGCUUUAACAGAAAAAAUUGUAAAGGUACUGCCAAGUAUGAAGUGCCCUUAUAUAAUUGAGCCUCAUCAAAUACAAGGUCUAGACUUUAUAAAUAUUUAUCCAUUAGUACAGUGGUUGAUUAAAUACUCAAGUGAAUUUAGAGAAGCCAAAGAGGAUGAACUGCGAAAAUUUGCAGUCUUGCAAUAUGAAAAAGAUCAUAUUUUUGAAGCGGAUCGUGCUUACUUCCUUCAAAAUGAAAAGUUGUUAAGAAACCUUCUUGCUGUGCAGAAUCUUUACAAGCCAUGUAGAGUAAGAAAGAGGAAAGGAGCUCUACCUGCUGAUGAAAUGGAACAAGUAAAUUCUGUCCUAUCUGAGUAUGACCAGCGUAUGUUGAUGCAUGUGUCUAACAAUCAAGAUGAAGCAAAACAAGAUGAGGGACUUGAUUUCCUGUAUGAUUAUGAGAAAUCUCUCGCUGAUCCUUCGGAAAUCACUACAGAAAUGGAAAGAUAUAUAAAUGAUAAAGAAUAUAGUGAGGACACCGCAAAUACUAAAGUUCAUUAUGUCGUAUUGCAUUCAGAGCUUACCGGCGAUGUGCCUAAAGAAUUGGAAGCUAGGGAAAAAGCUAAGUACUCUGAAGAUAUAGAAAAAUUGACUAAAGCCAUAGAUACAAUGGAAAAAGAGUUUGAGGUUGUAAGAAAAGACCAUGAAAAAAGAAUGGAGGAAGCAAAAGCUAAAUACUCUGAUGUAUUAAACAAAUUGAAGAAAUUAACUAAAAACUUAAUGAAAACAGACGACUAUAGUGACAAAAGUUUGAAAGAAUUCUAUAAAUCCCUAAAGGAUCUUGCAAAGGAAAGAAAUGAGUUGAUGACAUUAAUUCAAUACAGGGAAAAGGAACAUAAAAAGCUCGAAGAGACGCUAAGAGAAGCCAAAGAACCAACUAAAGAAAUUGAAGAAAGACCUCUUUCACCAGCGGAAUUAAAAGAGUUUCAAGAGCGGGAAAGGAAACUAAAAGACUUUAUAAGCAGCGUGCGAGUAGAACUAGGUCACUUGAAUAGACAAGUUCUGAGGUACACCGUGGCUAUAGACGAAGUGCCCGGCGCCGCUGAACUGCUGCAAUAUGAGAAGAGAUUCGUUGAACUGUACAAUCAAGUUGCGUCAAAACACAAAGAAACCAAACAGUAUUACAUAUUUUAUAAUACAUUAUAUGAAGUUAAACUUUAUACAUCGAAAGAAUUAAAUUUACUUAAUUCUGUUCUAGAUAAUUAUGACGAAGUCAUGUCAUCUGCGAGAAAACGAGAAGAAUUCAUGACGCAAUUCGAGUCUAUUGUUGAAUGGGUGAAUCAAACUGUUAAGAAAGUGGAACGGAAAUUUAAUUCUGAGAAGGAACAAAAGGCGGCGCUUCAUGCGGAAUAUUCUAGGUUAAUCGAAGUACAGAGGCAGUAUGCGAUGGCUUUGAAGAAAUUAGCUGCAGAGCGACAUAAAUUCGAGAGAAACGAUCACUGAUACAAUGCGUGGAUAAUUAAAAUGGUGAUACCGUAUCGUAAUGAAGCGCCUUGCUAUUUAAGUUUUACUUAUAAAUUAUCCCAGCUGCAAUAUUAUGGUAGUCUUGUACACGGUAGAAAUAAUUUUCUUGUAAAAAUUAAUAUAUUACUUAUUGUUAGUUGUAUGAAAGACCAAUGUAUUAUUUUUAAGGAAUAAAGUCGUCUUAAUUACUGACAUGCCUAGUCUUUUACCGCUAUUGCAGAUAUUAAGCAUUGCUUUCAUAAUUAAUCUGUAAUGUGUUGUAUCUAGAAGGUCCAAAUGUGUCAUAAAUAUAUAUCGUUUGUAAUAUUAUUGAAAUACAUUUCAACCUAAGUAUAUGCUCUAGUUAACGCUAGUUUUAGGCAAAGUAUCACAGUUACAUAUAAAGUUUUAUUUAUUUAUCUUACACUUAAGUUACUGAUAAAUUUGUCAGCUGGAAGUAUAAAAGGCUUUUAGGUUUUGUUUCACCUCUACUUGUAACUUACAACUUUUGGAUUCAUAGUUCGUAAAUAGUAUUAAGUAUUUGGCAAAUAGAUUGGUUUGACAAUGGGAAAUAAAAAUGCAUUAUAAACAUGUCUGUGGGAUACUGUUAUAUUUUAGACAGCUUUGUCAGCAAUUGGCAAAACAGGCCCUUAGCUCGGAACGAAAACUAGUAUAGUUUACAUACACAUAAUAUAUAGGAGAUUAGAAAUUUAGGCCAUUGGUUACUCGAAAGGUCGUUUUUAUAUGACAAAGAAAAAAUUACUAAAAUGCUUUUUUUUAUUUUUUACAAUUUCAAUAUAAUACCUAUAAUAUGUAACAUGAUUUGUUAAUAAAUCCAUUUCUAACAAUAUAGGUACUUUUUCCAUAUUGUAUUUAAAGACUGAUAUAUGUUUUGUAUUAUUUAUGCAUUUUUAUAUGAAAAUUUGAAAUAAAACAUACAUAUUCA